ACCAUUGAAAAAAACAGAGAAUUGAGAUUUUGCCUGCUUGUUCUUUUUUCAGAGGUUUUAACUGACACUAGAUUCACCGCCGAUGCCUGCGACAACUCAAGUGACUCUAGUUACCUGCGAUUGCCGGUUGAUCAACCGCUGGAAGCGCUCCUGAUGCGCUGCGGCAUGCGCCAGUAGAUCGCAUCAGGUACAUAUUCCGAGAAAUAGUGUGUUUUUUACCUUUUCGUGCGUUUAUCCCCGAAGUGGAAGAACGAAGUUCAUUCGGGCGUGCCGGAAGUUAAAGACUUGCCUCCAUGUCCAGCUCUAUUCACUCUGUCGUGAUUGGAUCGCACGUCGCUCGCUAGCGCGGCCACGCAAACAGAAACGAAAGUUUUCCUUGGUGGUCGUCUCAAUGACUGCAACGCCAGCAGGCACUCUAGUGAGACUAUACUCUUCGUUGGUCUCUGGGCAGCACAAGAGUGCAGAUGGCGACUGCAAUUUUGCAUUUUCGCCAUACGCCGUCAGCGCUGUCCUCGCUGGCCUGUAUUUCGGGGCGAGAGGAACUAGUCGGGAGCAAUUGGAAAACCACUAUUUCGACGGCCGGUCAGCAGCUGACGCAGCAGCAUGCCUGAAUGAGGCAAUCCCUGCUGUCUCGCAAAAGGAGGAAGGCGUAGAUCCGGAUAUUCAAUCUUCGGUAGUACUUCAAGCUGCAAAUCGUCUGUAUGCGUCGAAAGAGCUGAUGGAGGCGUUUCUGCCGCAAUUCAGGGAAUUCAGAGAAACGCUUGAAAAGGCACUUCACACAGAGGCUUUGUUGGCGAAUUUCAAGACAAACAGCAACGGGGAACGAGAAAAAAUCAAUGAAUGGGUAUGCUCUGUAACGAAGCGUAAGAUCGUCGAUCUCCUUCCACCGGCAGCCGUCACUCCGGAAACGACCCUUCUCCUGGUCGGAACACUAUAUUUCAAGGGACCAUGGCUGAAGCCGUUUGUCCCGUGUGAAUGCAGCAGUCUGUCGAAGUUCUACAGACAGGGUCCAUCUGGAGCCACUAUUUCCCAAGAGGGAAUCAGAUUCAUGGAAUCAACUCAGGUAUGCAGCGGGGCUCUGCGCUAUGGAUUCAAACACACUGACCGCCCUGGAUUUGGUCUCACGCUUCUUGAGGUCCCCUACAUUGACAUCCAGUCAUCGAUGGUGUUUUUUAUGCCGGACAAGCCCACGGACUUGGCUGAGCUCGAGAUGAUGUGGCGUGAGCAACCAGAUCUUCUAAAUGAUUUGGUGCAAGGCAUGGCAGACUCUUCCGGCACCGAGCUCCAGGACGUAGAACUUACUAUCAGACUCCCAUAUUUGAAAGUGAGCGGCGACACGAUAUCUCUGACGUCGGCACUCGAGUCUCUGGGAGUUACAGAUGUUUUCGGUUCGAGCGCAGAUCUAUCUGGUAUUAAUGGAGGAAGAAACCUGUUCGUCAGCGACGUAUUUCAUCGGUGCUUAGUUGAGAUUGAUGAGGAGGGAACGGAUGCGGCAGCCGGUGCAGCGGCGGGUGUUGCGUGCGUGUCCCUUCCCUUCGUUCGGGAGCAUAAAGUGAUUAAUAUUGAUCGUUCGUUUCUUUUUCAGACGCGAAAACUCAAGUGCGUACAGGGGCUGAGGGCAGGGAACUCGCCGGCAAUGCGCAAGGAUGAUGACAUUUUAUUCGUGGGCCGUGUCGUCGAUGUGGGUGUGUUACAGAGUGGUGGCGAAUGAAUUUGGUACCACAUUCGGUUUCGAAUGCUUUGUUCUCUGUCUAGAUUCAUCGACGCUCACAAAAUGUUUGAGGGUUCGCCGCCGAUAGAGUGUUUUUUCAACAUAUGGUACUUGUCGACCUCUAUCCUGACAAGCAAUGAAGUUUAACGUCGAAGAAAUAUUUGAGAGCGCGGCUUCACAGUUACACACAUAAGAAAGUGCCGAUUGAGAAGCAUUAACACGUUGGAAGCGAUUGAUUUAUUCGGAGCUACGUGCGACUGUAUAACGCCGUUCGGCACAGCAUAACAUUUUCCAUUGUGCUGGGGUCCCCCAUCACCAGAAGCCGCAUAUCACCAACACCAAGGACGUUGAACGGACGAGGACGUGUUAACAGAACAGAUGAAGUCGGUAUAGGAGCGUCGACGUGUUGUGCCAAGAACAUUCGAAGGACUACUCUACGGAAAUUCUCGUCGUUUUGCCGUACCCUAGUCUGUCAUUGAUCCUUCACACUGAACGAAAUUGCGAAAAAUACCUGCUAGAUCUAAUCUGGUUCUUAUCGAGAAAUGACGUUGCAUCCCAACAUCAUUUACCGGCACCGUACUUCGUUGACUGACAUGCACAUCAGCUAAGAGGUAAACCACGAUUACUGAGCAGCUCUCGAGUUUUACCCAGGUGCACCAUCACUACAAUAUUCAGUACAACACACUGACACCAGUGACUUGUCCGGCACUUUCCUGCAAGGUUGCAGUUGCCUCAAACGAGCCAAAAGACUCACAUCAGAAUGGAACGGUAGAAAGGAUCUUGCUUUAACUUGCGAGUCCGCGCGCUUUCCUCAGUGUGUCAUCAGGUACGCUGCUGCUUGCCUACGAUGUUCGAGACCGUGCAAUUCAGUACUGAGACAACCGUGA